AGAGCAUUCCGCGUGCUCCAUGGGGAUAAAUCCUCUUUGCAUGGCCGCUGAUCAAAGCUGUGACGUAAAGGAGCUUAGCGGCGAAUGCCAGGGGGUCAGGUGAUCACACACAACAACCCUGACAGGAAGUCAGAUGAAGUGGCGGUGGAAAAACAAACAGAGAGGCAAGUGAGGAUGUUGACAGUAGCACAGGGAUGCUUGUAGGCUUUAAUGAAGUUUUAAGAUCAGACCCAUCAAGGCUAUUGUGAAAAGAUGGUGCAUGUAUGGAUGCUCGUUGACAGCAGUAAUGUGAUGCGUUGUUUUCAGACCAUGAGGUCACUUUCCUCCUGCGCUUCCCCUCCUCAACGCCCACCUGGCGCCGCUGCCUCGGUUCUCAUGGAGAACUCAUCAGUGGCGUCUGCGUCGUCAGAGGCUGGCAGCACGCGCUCGCAGGAGAUCGAGGAGCUGGAGCGCUUCAUUGACAGCUAUGUGCUGGAGUACCAGGUGCAAGGGCUGCUGGGAGACAAGGUUGACGGAGACUUGGACCUGGACCUGGACCUGGACGACGGCAGGAAGGUGCCACAGUGGACGGACAACUGCAGUGACUACAAAGAUGGCAGCUGGACCUCCUCACAGGGGAGAGGUUCCUCAAAGCCAGUCAGAUGAGUGGGAGCACAGCAGUAAUGGCAGUUCAGGGUCAAGGCCCAGUUCCGGGUCCAGACCGGGUUCUGGCUCUCGAUCUGGCAGCAGGGGUCGAAACAACCAGUUUAAAGGCUCUGCCAAGAAUGGGAACAAAGAUGUCUCCUUCGACAUCCUGGGCACAGACAUAUGGGCGGCUAACACAAUGGACUCAUGCGGGGGUACAGGUUGGGAUGUGCAGCCAGAGAAGUUAGACUUCAGCCACUUCCACAGGAAACACACAAGAGCUGUGCCGAAGCACCUGCCGCACAUUGACAGAGAGGGAAUGAGCAAAAACAAGUUUGAGGAUGACGACGGCAUAGACUUAAAUGACAUAGAGAGGUUCCUGCCCCACCUGUGCUCUGUCUUCCCACCCCUUCCUAAUGAGGCUGAGAUCGCGCACACCAAAAAGCUUUUCCGGCGCAAGAGGAACGACCGACGGAGACAACAGCGGGGUCAGGGAGGAGGUAAGAACCAGUCAUCAUCCCCACAACACCAGUGGGAUCAGCAAUCACCCAGCCCAACGGAUGCGGGAGACAACAGAAACAAUGGCCGGUCACCUCGCCACUAUCAGGGCAGACAUGGGCAACGCCCCAGUGGACCCUCGCAUGGUUACAGCCAGAACCGACGCUGGCACCCCAAUCAGAAAGGUCCAGGACAACAGAACCCGGCAGGUUCCGAUAGAGGACCACCUCUGAGAGGAACCAAAGAGACAGAGAAUGUAAAAGUGACAAGCGACAAGCACACGCGACAGAUUGAGGAGCCUCGGGACUGCAAGAGUCCAGCUGACUCGCCCAAGUCUGAGUCAGCGCUGGGCGCGAACAUCUCGUCAGACGUGACAGCCGGCAAAGAAAGCCUCGGCUCAUCAGGCCAAGGUCCAUCUAGGGAGCCCCAAAUCAGCUUGCUGCAGUCGUCCAAGGAGAGGUUGCAGAGGAGACUAAAGGACAAGGAGGAGGUGCUAACGGAGGCGUCAGGCGCACCCAGCAUGGACCGCUUGGUGAGGCUUCUCAACAGCAUGACGAGCAACAGCAGUGGCGUGGAGGAGCAUCUGACCUCCUUCAUGGAGGAGGCGCAGAGCUCGGCGCACUCCGAGGAAACCCUGACCCAGGUGGUGGUCACCAUCUAUGACAAGACAGUGUUGGACCGGAGCUUCGCUGCCACCGCCGCCAAGCUAUGCGACAAGAUGGCGCUCUUCAUGGUGGAUGGGACCAAGUUUAGGUCGCUGCUGCUCAACCUGUUGCAGAAGGACUUUGCCCGUCGUGCGGAGCUGCAGCGGUCAGACGUGGAGGUGUGGUUGGGCUUCAUCACCUUCCUGUGCGAGGUGUUUGGGAUAAUGAGGAGCAGUUCCAGAGAGCCCUUUCGGGUCCUGGUGUGUCCCAUCUACACCUGCCUGCGAGAGCUGCUGCAGUCGAAAGACAUCAAGGAAGACUCCGUGCUUUGCUGCUCUAUGGCGCUGCAGAGCUCCGGGAGGCUCCUGGAGGAGCAGCUGCCCGAGAUGAUGACGGAGCUGCUUGGGGCCGUGCGCGACAAGAUGUUGAGCCCGGCUGAGUCACCCCUGACCCGCUUGCUCCUCAUGGAGGUAGUGGAGCUGCACGCACACCGCUGGAGCCCCCUGGAAGCACUCACCGCGCAGUACUACGACCGCACCAUCCACAGGCUCACCUUGGCCACAGCCUAGACCUGCCAUUUCAUCCCGAACUUUUGGUACAGACGAUUGCGUUUUGGGCCGCUAGGGGCAGUGUAGGAUGGGAGCAGCUUAUCCGUUGGGAAUGGAGAGAUGUUAAGAGGAGGAGGAUGAGGGGCGCCUGUGUCUUCAUUGUCCUCCGCCCCCUCCUCUCGUUCCAUCCUCCAGCGCUCGUGGCUGAUAAAAGACAGAAAAUGGAGGCAGGGAGAAGACACGGUGCCGCUGUCUGUGUGCACCGUCUGCCCUCCCCUCCACAGGGACCCUGGGUCAGGAGGUCCUGCUGCGGGACUCCAGCACGCCCACACCAACCCCCAUAACCUCCCAUCCCCCGCCCUUUGUCUCCCUCCCUUAGCAGGAAGCCUUUUUUGUGGGGAUGAGACAGCGGGCCUGCUGGGCCCGGCUGGGCUUGGGAUAAGGAUCAGGCUGGCUAGAGUAGGGUGGCAGAUGGCGGCUAGAGCCCUUGUGAGAGACACACACACACACACACUCACACUCACACUCAAAACACACACGCAUGCAUGGCAACCAAGCAUCCCUCUCCACCAUAGAAAAAUAGGAAAUAAGGGGGGGUCGUCAGCAUUAGAGGAGCAUUAAAAAAAAACACACACACACAGUGCUGUUAAACCUUUUGUUUUUGUCUCCCAAGCCGUGCACAUCCACAUUCAUAAUAACCGUUUGUUUUAAAUAUAUAUUUAUUAUAAGCAUUUGAUUUUACCAUCGGAUUCUUACCAAGUACUAUUAGAGCCACACUGAAAAGAGAAAAACGCUAACAUUACGAGAAAAAUGUGGUAAUAUAAGAAUCAUUUUUUGAUGUUGCACAAAUACAUUGCACUUCGUGCAAUGUUAGGUGAAUAAAGAGGUUAUCAUAGGAGAAAUAAAUUGUAAUAAACGAAACAAGUUUUAAAGCUAUGAAAUGAAUUGGGAAAGUUGUAAUUUCACAAUGACAUUCUUACUGAUUCACAAAUAAAGUUGUAAUAAUACAAGAAAACGUCAAGUUCUACAAAUAAAUGUGUACAAAAGUUGUAGUGUUUUGAGAAUGAACCAAUGUUCCGAGCAAGGCGCAAUGUUAUGUGAAUAAUAUCUAAUUUCCCUUUACGUGAAUAUCUAAUUUCUCCUCACGGGAUCGAUCAAUCAAUUGAUCGAUUGAACUAUCUAUUUAAAAGAUGUAAGAUUACGACAAAAAGUCAUCAUAGGAGAAUGAAGUCGUAAUAAGUAGUUGAUGUAAAGCUAGGAAAUUAACUUGGUAUUGUAAGGGGAAAAAAGUUAAUAUAACAAUGGCAGUCUUAAUGAUACACAUAAAAAAAAAGAGUAUGAAGAAAAAAAUUGUAACGUGAAAAGAAUAAUAGUUAUGUGACUAAUAUUCUGGGCAAAGUAAGUCUUAAGUCUCGUGAAUUGUCAAGUUUGGACAAUUAAGUUGACU